GUGAAAUUAAUGUUUGCUUAUUCAUUCGUAACAACCUGAUCUAUUAAAACGUAAUGGAAUGGAAGAAGUGUUCUCGAAGAUAUCGAACUAAUCACUAUGCAAGGGAGAGAAACUUUUGUCGUUGUCCUUCAGUGGAUCAUUACUGCGACCGCAAUCGUCGGCAAUGGCCUUGUUAUAUAUCUGAUCACAUUCAGGCAAAGGCUUCACUCCAAAGCAAAUUGGUUCGUCUUAUCUUUAGCGGCAGCUGAUCUAUUUGUUGGGGCUUCGUUCCUUCCUUAUUACAGAGCUUGUAAAGCGGAAGAAUUCUGCUACCAGAGACAUAUUCACUGGCUGUGUGUUGAUGUUUUCCUCUGUGCUUCCGUAACAAACCUUUGUUUAAUGACUGUAGAUCGAUACAUCGCGAUCGUCAAGCCACUGAAGUAUCUGACCACUAUGACUCAAAGAAGAGUUAUGUUCGGCAUAUUGGCCGCCUGGUGUUUUCCAGCUGCCACGGCGCUUCUGCCUUUAUCGUGGACGUACUUGGCCAAUUCAAUGGCACAAAGGACAACCUGUUGGAAAGUUUUCAUCAUCGGCACAUUAUUCGUAUAUGGAAUUAUUCCUUGCCUUCUUCUUCCCCUGGCCAUUGUGCGAAUCUUGCUGAUAGCUCGAAGGUGUCGCAUAGAACGAUGCGUAGUCAUAGCCCAGUUAGAUUUCAAUUAUUCUGAGGCAAGAGGUAGAAGACAAUCCUUCCCGGCCCACGAUAUUUCUUCCCCAAAGCUCAUCGUUGCUAUUGUCAUUUUGUUCUUAAUUUGUUAUCUGUUUGGUGUCUGCGUCCGGAUUGCUGCCGUUUUUGGUGAACACAUACCACCUGAAUCCGUCUAUGAAAUUUCCUCCGUUCUAAUUUUAACCAAUUCCGCAGCAAAUCCUGUGGCGUAUGGAUUAUUAAAGAAAGAUUUCAGGAGAGAACUGCUAAGAACGUACCGAUUAGACAGUUCGCCCAGUGAUCUUGCUUUAAAUGUAAGGAUAAAUUCAGACUUUACCGGCAGCCAAGGUAUAACAACUUAAAAAUGAAAUUGUGAAAAGAAUCUUAGCUUCAUACCACUUGUUCCAAAAUAGUGCGUAUUAUUACAUUAAUUAAUUAACUAAUUCCAUAACUUAAAUAAGCAAAUAAUUUUGGUGAAUUCCACGUUUUAAAGGUAUAAGCCUGCUUUUAUUUAAAUCAACUGAACUGAAAAAGGAACGACAUCACGAACAGUAACCACUGUUGAUCUCAGUAGAAAUCCAUGUUGAAUUAUUUGUUCAAUAUUUCGCAGAGCUUUCCCGAUUUGUGCAAAGUUAUUAUCCUUUUUAACCAUCAAUGAAUAUGUCUUUCGGUGAUAUGUUAGGAAGAAAACAAAACGAAACAAACUAGUUCAAACUUUCUCUGUUUUAAUGCCGGCUUCCGCUGUGUCUUAACUACCGAGCGGCGAAAUUGAGUUUUCGGAACUGUCGAUGAAGAAAUGAGUCCUUAGACUUCGU